CUAGUGCAGACUGAUACUCGCUGCUCUGUGCUUGGCUCCAGAGUGGGAAUUUACGCGACAAGAAGAUGUUUUUUUAUUUGCAGCGUUGUCGCGAAUUUUGGAUUAAGAUCUGACUAUGUAAGAAAAGUCCUAGCGCUUUUUGUACAGUUCAGUUAUGCUCUGACAAUAUAUUUCCUCUGCCUGCGAAGAAGGUGCAUCACACUAUACGCCGGUUCAUGAACAAACAGUCGCUGAGAUCUGCGAGUCCAUCAGAAGCUGGCUGGUAAGGGGAGGGGUGGCAGACAUGUCCAAUGCUGAGGAUGAGAGCAGGAACGACAGCCUACAGAGGAAGAAACCGCCCUGGCUCAGACUGGACAUUCCCACUGUGGAGGAACACAAUCACUUUCUUCAGCCUGCCAUGCGUAAUAGUUUGUAUCUGCGGAGUGCCAGUGUGCCCACUGAAAAUAUUCAGCUCAGAUGCCCACCAGUCGACAUCAAUGGCUGCCGCAGACCCUCGGUCCUGCGCAAACCCUCCAUUUCACAGACUAUCAAGAGGGGCACAGCAGACUGGUUUGGGGUCAGCAAUGAUUUGGAUGCCACCCAGAAAUGGCAGCGGAAGAGCUUGCGGCACUGCACCCAGCGCUAUGGCAAACUGAAGCCUCAGGUGAUCCGAGAGAUGGACCUCCCCAGCCAAGACAAUCUCUCCAUGACCAGCACUGAGACCCCUCCUCCUCUAUAUGUCCCACCCGCACAUCAUGGCAUGCAGAGGAUUGUAGACCCGCUGGCUCGAGGUCGAGCAUUCCGUAAUGUGGAUGAGGUGGAUGGUGUGAAUGUACCUCAGACCCCCAUCACCCCCUGCGCUGCUUCCCUGUGCUCCUUCACCAGCUCCCGCUCAGGCUUCAACCGGCCUCCCCGCAGACGCAAGCGUGAGUCUGUUGCCAAGAUGGGCUUCAGAGCUGCUGCGGCUCUGGUCAAGGGACGUUCUCUGCGGGAGGGGGCUGUUCGUCGAUUGCCGAGGCGCAGUUUUGCUGCUGCCAGUUUCCUGGAUGAGGACACAGUGGAUUUCCCUGAUGAACUGGACACCUCUUUCUUUGCCAAGGAUGGGGUUACCCAUGAAGAACUGUCCACAUACGCAGACGAGGUGUUUGAGUCCCCUUCUGAAGCUGCCAUUAAAGAAACAGAUGCCAGUCGAGCAGGAGAUGAGCGGGACCUAACGGGCAGUGCCCUGGAGAAGACCGAGCUGGAGCGGAGCCAUCUGAUGCUGCCUCUGGAGAGGGGUUGGCGUAAGGCAAAGGAUGGUGCUCUGGUUCAGCCUAAAGUGCGCUUACGGCAGGAGGUGGUGAGUGUAACCGGACAGCGGCGUGGUCAGCGCAUUACCGUGCCUGUUAAGAAACUCUUUGCCAAGGAAAAACGUCCUUAUGGGCUUGGCAUGGUGGGCAAACUGACCAACCGCACCUACCGCAAACGCAUUGACAGCUAUGUGAAGAAACAGAUCGAAGACAUGAAUGACCACAGGCCUUUCUUCACAUAUUGGAUCACCUUUGUUCAUUUGUUGAUUACUGUCCUGGCGGUUUCCAUCUAUGGCAUUGCACCAGUGGGCUUUUCACAACACGAGACUGUUGAUUCUGUCUUACGAAACAAAGGGGUUUAUGAGAACGUCAGAUUCAUGCAGCAAGAGAACUUCUGGGUUGGACCAAGCUCGGAGGCGCUGAUUCACCUGGGAGCAAAGUUUUCCCCCUGUAUGCGACAGGAUGAAGAAGUUCACCAGCUCAUCCAGCAGAAGAAGGCCAGCGAGAAACACUCAGCCUGCUGCGUCCGCAAUGACCAGUCUGGCUGCGUUCAGACCUCUCAGGAGGAGUGUUCAAGCACUCUGGCAUUAUGGGUAAAGUGGCCUCAGCACUCAAGUGCUCCAGUUCUAGGGGAUAACGUGCGUCAGUACGGCUCCGUGUGCCAUCAAGACCCCAGGAUUUGUCUGGAGCCUGCCUCAGUUUCUCCUCACGUGUGGCCUGAUGACAUCAGCAAGUGGCCGAUAUGCACCAGGUACAGCACAGGGAAUCACACUAACCUGCCUCACAUCGACUGCGUCAUCACUGGUCGACCCUGCUGCAUCGGAACCAAAGGAAGGUGUGAGAUUACAUCGAGAGAGUAUUGUAACUUCAUGAAGGGAUACUUCCAUGAGGAGGCCACGCUCUGUUCACAGGUUCAUUGCAUGGAUGAUGUGUGUGGCCUCCUGCCUUUUCUGAACCCGGAGAUCCCAGACCAGUUCUAUCGGCUCUGGCUGUCUCUGUUCCUUCACGCCGGGAUCCUGCACUGCCUGGUGUCUGUGUGCUUCCAGAUGACCAUUCUAAGGGAUUUGGAGAAGCUGGCUGGCUGGCUGAGAAUCUCUAUCAUCUAUAUCCUCAGUGGGAUUACAGGCAACCUCGCCAGUGCCAUCUUCUUACCGUACAGAGCAGAGGUGGGUCCGGCUGGCUCUCAGUUUGGCAUCUUGGCCUGUCUGUUCGUGGAGCUGUUCCAGAGCUGGCAGAUCUUGGCCCGGCCAUGGAGGGCCUUCACCAAGCUCUCAUGUGUAGUGCUGUUCCUUUUUGCCUUUGGCCUGCUGCCCUGGAUAGAUAAUUUCGCUCACAUCUGUGGCUUCGUCUCGGGCUUCUUCCUGUCCUUCGCCUUCCUGCCCUACAUCAGCUUCGGCCGCAUGGACAUGUACCGCAAACGUCUUCAGAUCCUCGUGGCACUUACCCUUUUUGUGGGCAUUUUCUCCAGCUUUGUGGUACUCUUCUAUGUUUACCCAGUUAAAUGCGAGUGGUGUGAGUUUCUCACCUGCAUCCCGCUGACGGACAAGUUUUGUGAGAAAUAUGACCUCAAUGCUCACCUCCACUGAGGCCUUGCAGAAAUAGGGCUGCACUUGAAGGCAUCUGGAUGCCAACUCUUGACUCUUAAGCUUAUAUAAAGUACACUCUUUUUAUAUAAUGUUGUUUAAUAUGGAAAGUUUUAUUGUUUUUAAUAUUUCUCCGGCUCAGAGAGUCCGCCCCAGGAGGGAAGAAUAGCCAAUUGUGCCUUUUCAUUGCCUACCAGCUACUGCCAUAUCUGAGUCCUGUUAUAUCAGAGCACUUUUGGAGCAAACCUGUAAUGCAUGUAGUGCUACUACUACAAAGGUAAAAUUUGGUAGCGUUUUAGCUACCUGUUCAAAUGUAAAAAGACAAAAUACAUUGUGGCAAAAUCA